CCACCGCGAGAGGCCAGAGAAAAAGAAAAACACCACUGUUGUCUUCCGUCGCUUUACUUCACGUGGGAGAAGAAGAACGUGAGCGCUCCUGUCGCUGGCAGGGAGAAUAAAGACUCAAAAUGACACAGUUAGACAGUGUAAUAAAACCCAAGACGAAGCGCUCCAAGCGUUUCUUAGAAAGCAGAGCGCCAAAGCUGACUGAGGAUGUCAAGAGUGCCAUGAUUAUGAAAGGAGGGAACACCAGUCUAACCAUCACCCAGGCCCUCAAGGACUUAUACUCCCUGAGGAAACCCAAUGCUGUGCUGUACAAAAAAAAGAACAUAACUCGGCCAUUUGAGGACUCAACAUCGCUGGAAUUUUUCUCCAAGAAGACAGACUGCUCUCUGUUUCUGUUUGGCUCUCACAACAAGAAACGGCCCAACAACCUCAUAUUUGGUCGUCUGUUUGACUUCCAUGUGCUUGAUAUGAUUGAACUCGGAAUUGAGAAGUACGUCUCACUGAGUGAGAUUAAGGCCAGUAAAUGUCCUGAGGGGACGAAACCAAUGCUUGUGUUUGCGGGAGAGGCUUUUGAUACAGACAACGAGCACAAACGUCUGAAGAGUCUGCUCAUAGACUUCUUCAGAGGUCCCACUGUGUCUGCAGUGCGCCUGGCAGGUUUAGAACAUGUUCUGCACUUCACUGCCCUGGAUGGGAAAAUAUUCAUGCGCAGCUACAGGUGUCUGUUGAAGAAAUCUGGGUGCCGAACACCACGGAUAGAGCUGGAGGAGAUCGGGCCGUCAUUUGACUUUGUCUUGAGAAGAACACAUCUGGCUUCAGAUGACUUGUACAAGUUAGCUCACAAACAGCCUAAGGCCCUGAAGGUCAAGAAGAAGAAGAACAUUUCCCACGAUGCCUUUGGUACCAAGUUUGGCCGGGUGCACAUGCAGAAGCAGGAUCUGUCCAAGCUGCACACACGCAAGAUGAAGGGCCUGCGGAAGAGGAAGGGGGAGGUGGUCACCGGAGAGCAGGGUGGACAGGCUCCCAAAGUGGCCAAAGUAGAGAGCUGAUGUCUGUGAUGGAACAGCUACACUGUUUUCUCCUCCUGUGCAUGUGGAUGAAUGUCCAGUACUGGUCAGUGUCCCAUCAGUCUGAUACAGGACAUCCAUCUCAUUUAUAAGACUGACCAUGUGCUCAUCAUCGCCAGCUUUUAUUGUUAGAAGGACUUGGCAUGUGACUUGCCACCAGGCAGUCAGGAUACAGAUCAGAUAUGUCUUUUCUCUUCUCUCCCCUUUGUAUUUUUCCCAUGUGACAUUCAGAUGAUUCUUUGUUCUUGAGUGUCAUGUAUGUGUCAGCUCAAUUGUCUAGUAAAAAAAUCAUUUACUAAUGUUA